AUGUUAAUUAGGUAAUUGUCUAGGGUAAACAGAUAUUUGUUCUGCACUAAAGUAUAAAAUAGUUAGAGUUCAUUUGAAGAAUAAUUAAGUGCAAAGUUUUUACAAAAUAACCUUGAUCUACUUAAAAUAAAAUUCAAUGUGACAUAGACUAAUGAAUUAAUUUAGCAAUUAACAAAGCCACUUCAUGAAAUUGAGGAUAAAACUAAAUAUAUUUUUAAUUUGUCUCAGAUAAUUUUAGAAAAUAAAGACUAGCUGAAACAGCAUAGAUACGAAACUAAUUAAAUAAUUAGGAAAUAUCUUUCUAAUAAAUGGCCUUGCGCUGAGAACUUUGAAAGUUAAAUGAUUGACUUUGCUAUUUAAGAAUUUUAGAAUAAUUAUAAAGAAAUUGACGAAGGCCACAAUUUGCUAUAAUUCUUUAGAGUGGUUGUUUUGUCUGAAAAGUAUACCAAAUAAUAAAUAAAGAAAAUAGCUUAACUAUAUAAUCAGCAUUAUUUAAGAAUAAACAUUAAAUUUGCUAUUUUAUCAUUGUAUUAUGCUUAGCAAUGUAAUGCGCUAGAUAAAUUUUCCAUUUUAGUUAAAAUAAUAGAUGAAUUAAGUAUUUUCAUAGAGUUUAAUUCGUUUUCUACUCUCACUCUUAUAAUGGAGAAUCUCAACGACUAACAAACCUUUAAUAUGCUAAAGCCUAUCGUUAUUAGAAUACAAUAAGAAUUUCUUCAAAAGGAAACUUGCUUAUUAAAUAAUAUAUUAAUGACUAGGUUUGAUGCACUUGUAGAAUUUUUAAAGCUUUCUAAUUUAAUGAUUCCAGAAUUUGAGAGAUAUUGUGAAGUUCAAAGAAUAAGAUUGUAAAAUUUAUAAGACAAGGGUAUAAAUAGACACUCCAUGACUAGUAUACUAACAGUCGACCAAGAAGAAGUUUUAUCAAGAAUAUAUGAUCAAUAUUCUUCCGAAAAGCAUACUGUUGAAAAUAAUAAUGAAGAUAGCAGCGAUGAUAACUUUUUAGAUGAUCUUCUUAUCAAGCAUUAAAAAAAAUGA